AUGAUGUUUCACCUUAUGGGGGAGAAAGUGCCUUUACCCAACUGGAGCACAACAUAGUGGCUGGAUAUCUUAUCACUGCAGGCUAACCGCACAACCCAACCAGCGAAGGCACCGAGUACUAGCCAGUCAGAGGCAGAGUAGGGCGGGUCAUGACUUCGCCAUCCUGGGAAUAAAAGAGUCUGUCCACUGAACGCAAAGACACCAUCAGUAGCUAUGUGUUGCCCUUGAGUCAAAUGGUUCCCAAAUGUUUUCAUGUCCCCUGCAUUCACAGAAAUUCACAGAGAGAAAGAUACUUCUUUAUACAGUACUGUUGAUUUGCCCGACAUGUUUGCCUGAUGAAAAUCUGUCCAUCUUGUUCUGUACUACUUGUUUUACAUCAUGUUGCUUUACAGCUAACCUGAACCUUGACUGUCUUGCUACUGUCACAACACUAUGUCUAUUCUUUCCAGAUGAAUCAGAUUCUUGGUCCUUUUUCACAGCAGACAUUUUGACUCGUCAUAGCAGGAAGUGCACAGGUGUAGCUAAUUACGUACGAUUCAACAAUUAAUGUAAUGCAAUUAAUGUCUGCUUUUCAGUUAUUAGUUUUACUCCAUAUUUCAGGCCACAUUCCCUCUGGAUCCUCACAGUUGACCCACAUCUCUGUUAAUGUCUGGUUCAGUGUAUCAUAGACCUGUCAAUUUAUGUCUCUCAACAUAAAGAAGCACCAGGAAACUUCACAUUGUCAGCUGAGACUUGAAUAUGUACUGUAAAUAGUACAGCAUGCUCCUGUUUACCAACCUCAACAAUUAUUCUCAAAAUCACCAGAAGCUUAUUAGAAAAAGAUAAUUUUGCAUUCAAUCCAAUGCAGUAAUUUUUUUUGAGUUAUCAGAGAAUCUGCAGCUUCUGCAUUCACUUUGCCACACGUCCACUGUGGCUUCAGGUGUGAGUGUCAUCAGUUUAAUGAGCAACAUUGUGGUUCUGCUGAUGUUUGUGAAGUUUAAGGAGCUCCGCACUGCCACCAACUUCAUUAUAAUCAACCUGGCUUUUACUGACAUCGGAGUGGCUGGUAUUGGCUAUCCCAUGUCCGCUGCCUCGGACAUCCACGGCAGCUGGAAAUUUGGCUACACUGGUUGUCAGAUCUAUGCAGCUCUCAACAUCUUCUUUGGCAUGGCCAGUAUCGGCCUGCUGACCGUGGUGGCCAUUGACCGCUACCUCACCAUAUGCAGACCAGACAUAGGACAGAAGAUGACAGUGCGAUCAUACAACCUUCUUAUUCUGGCAGCAUGGCUUAAUGCUGUGUUUUGGUCUUGCAUGCCGAUAGUGGGCUGGGCAGGAUAUGCCCCUGACCCCACUGGAGCUACAUGCACCAUCAACUGGAGGAAGAAUGAUGCUUCCUUUAUUUCUUACACCAUGGCAGUGAUUGCUGUGAACUUUGUGUUGCCUCUGACCGUCAUGUUUUACUGCUACUACAAUGUGUCAGCCACUGUGAGGAGAUAUAAAGCUAGCAACUGCCUGGACAGCAUCAACGUCGACUGGUCGGACCAGAUGGAUGUAACUAAGAUGUCCAUAGUGAUGAUUAUCAUGUUCCUGGUGGCCUGGUCUCCAUACUCCAUGGUGUGUCUCUGGGCAUCAUUUGGUGACCCCAAGACGAUCCCUGCCCCCAUGGCUAUCAUCGCUCCACUCUUUGCCAAGUCCUCCACCUUUUACAACCCCUGCAUUUAUGUCAUUGCCAACAAAAAGUUCAGAAGAGCCAUCAUAGGGAUGAUUCGAUGUCAAACAAGGCAGCGGAUCACCAUCAAUACCCAGGUUCCCAUGACAACCUCUCAACAACCUCUGACCGAGUGAGAUGAAACUGCUUCAGUAUCAGAUUGUAUUAAUAUAUCCUGCAUUAAAAGCAUGUAUAGAAAAGUGCUAUGAUGGCACAACAUGAAUCACUAUCAGAGUUUUUCUUUCUAUUGUAGCUUAUUUUCUUUUGAAUAAACUAAUGCACUGUGGUGUUUACUGUGUAAAUUCCACUUGCUGUAGCCAUAUUUUGUGCCCAAGUCAUGUCAAUAACGAACUGAUAAUGAAAAACUUUGUGUGUGGUCUACAUGCUAAAAACUGCUUUACAGUCAUCUCCUGAUCUUGAGGAAGGCCAGGCAAGAAUAGAUAAGAAGGAAUAACUCUACUAAGAUCCUUUUUACUUAAGUGAAAGUAUCAAUACCACAGUGUAAACUUGACUUUUAUUUGCAAUGGAGGAUUUCUCCAUUGCAAAUAAAAGUCCUGCAUUCAAAAUGUUUUACCUAUCAUGAUCUGUUUUAAUUAACAAUGGGUUUUGCAACAACCUACAGGCUACAACAUGAAUAUUAUAAGACUAGUUAGAUUAAUCUUCCAGUACAGCUCUGUUAAACAAAUCAUUGUGAUAUGAUAGUUGUCACUUGAAUGUUGUUGUACUUGAUUUUUGAUUAUUGGUGGGGCUUUACACUGCCUGACACUAUAGAGCACUCUGCUGUUGGAUGUCUGUCUUUACCUGUAAUGUCUUGUGUUGUUGUUUUAUUUGUCUGACAGUUGCCACACACACACAUACAAAAGGAAUCUCCCAAAGGACAAUAAACAAAUCUAACUAACAAUAUAGAGACUGAAAUGUUGGGUUUGUAAUAGUCAGGUAUCUGGUCGGUGAUUCUGUAUGUUCAUAUUUUGUCCAGCAAAAUGAUGAAAAAAAUUCCAAAGCAUUAGUUCACUU